AUGGGAGAACAGCAGAGGUUAAGAUGGGCUCCAGGGGUUUGGAAUCGUUUGUCUAUUCCAAAACACAAAUUCAUCAUAUGGCUCAGCAUUCAAGGCAGAUUACAGACUCGAGAAAAACUCCAUAGGAUAGGGGCUAGUCAAGAAGAUGAAUGUUGCAUUUGUGGUAUGUACAAGGAAACCCAUGAACACUUGAUGUUCAGUUGUGUGUAUAGUCAGAGGUUAAUGACUAAGAUUAUGUUAUGGUUGGGCUACAAGUACAAACUAAGGACAUUACCUCAGUGGAUCAUGUGGACUCAAAGAUCAUACAGAGGAACAAGAAUAAGAAGGCAGGUGCUGCUUACUGUAAUUGCUGCUGUUGGUUACCAGAUCUGGAGAAUCAGGAAUCAAGCUUACUGGGAGGCUAUGAUAGAUAGUGUAGAUAAAAGCUUCAAAAGUGUACAGUUUAUAGUUAAACAUAAAUUACAAAGUUGGAUACCAAAGAAAUGUAGUUCAGUUGAUAGAAUGUGGAUUGAGGAUUUGUAA